UAAUUUUAUGUUGAAGUUAGUAAGCUAGACUGACUUGAUGGGCAGGUUUUUUCGUUUUCUGUAUAAAAAGGUCUGAACAUCGAAGUAUCUUUAUCAUUUGCGUUAUAGCACUGUAGCGUCGAAGAGGUCUUGAAGAAAAAAAGAUGUUCAAAUUUGUGGUAUUCGUUGCUAUCUUCGGCUUGGCUGUUGCCCAAAGACCACUUCAAUAUUCUGCUGCCUCUGAAGCAGCUGCUGAAAUUAGGAGCGCUGCUAGUGAUGUUGCUCCAGAUGGUUCCUACCAAUAUGCCUACGAAACAAGCAACGGAAUUGCUGCCCAAGAGAGUGGAGUAGGAGGUGUUCAAGCUUCUGGAGCUGCUUCCCACACUUCCCCUGAAGGCAUCCCAAUUUCUCUCACCUACACUGCUGACGCAGAUGGAUUCCACCCAGCUGGUGCUCAUUUGCCAAUCCCACCAACCCCACCACCAAUUCCAGCUGCUAUCUUGCGGUCAUUGGAAUGGAACGCUGCUCACCCAGAAGAAGAACGUGAAGGACCAAGCCCAGUUCCAUUGCUCCGUCGUUUCUAAGAUGGAUAUUUGUUGAAUAUGAGGAAAUAAAUUGUUUUUGCGAAAU